UGUCUUGCUCCUCCUCCGCCAAGCUUCUCCGACGACUCCGAAACGGUCGAGUCCUAAUCUCCUCACCGCCACCGCAUCCGCUACCUCAACCACCUCGAAGUUCAAACGCGUUGGUACGCGGGAGGCGGGUAGCUAGGGUUUACGGGGCGGGAUGGGGUACCUCCUCCUCCUCUCGCCGUCGCCGUCGCCGCCGCUCGCCUUCCGGUCCCCCUCCUCCGGCGGCGGUGGUGGCAUCGCAUCCCGCCACCGCAUGCGGCGAGGCGAGGCCGUCGUCGUCGCGUCUUCCGUCUCUCCCGAUGGCGGCCCGUCGCCGUCCGCGCCCGCGGAGGCGUACGUGCUGGCGCGGCGGGCGGUGCUCCUCGGUGCCUUGGCAAUACCGCUCGUCCGUCUCCGCGAUGCCGCGGCCGCGCCCAGCCCCGGGGAGCUCCUGACGGUUUAUGGCAUGUCGUUACCCGAAGGGUUUAUUAGAAGAAAGGGGGUCUAUGCCCCAAGGGUAAAUCAUCAAGCUGAGAAUUGCUACAAAACUUUCAAGAUUGGACGUAAUUCCGUCAUCUGUAGACCUAAGGAGGUUAAGUUUGAUGAGACAACGGAUAUCUCAAAGCCUGAUGGCCCUCAAUCUGAAGGGACAAAGGGUGGUGCAAAGCCUGACAACCCUCAGCCUGAAGAAACUGCUGAAACUACUACUCCUGAAGCUCGUCGGCCUGAAUCAUCCUUGCAAUCGGUGCAAGAACAACCUCCUGGGAAUCCAGUAUUUGGCCUUCUUAAUACAAUUGCAGUUGCUGCCUCUGGUGUUCUUGCUGGACUGUAUGGUACUUCUCGACAAGAAAACAUGACCCUGCAAUCAAUCAUCUCAUCUAUGGAGAGCAAAUUGGCUGAAAAUGAGGCAGCACUCUCUUUGAUGAGGGAUAACUAUGAGAAAAGGUUACUGGAGCGACAAGCGGCACAAAAGAAACAAUCUAUGAAUUUCCAGGAGCAGGAAGCUUCUCUUUCAGAUCAGCUGGCUUCAACAAAAAAGACUUUGACAUCGCUGAGUGAAGAGUUCAGAAGGGAGAAGAGACUAGCUGAGGAGCUUAGGGAUGAAAUACAGAGAUUAGAGACUAUUAUCACACAAGAUGGAGAUGAUAAAGAUGUGCUUGAAACUAAACUGCAAGAAAAGUUGGGUGAAAUUAAUGUUUUGCAGGAAAAAAUAAGUUUGCUCAGCCAAGAAAUCGAUGGUAAGGAAAAGCACAUCAGGGAACUCGGCGCGUCACUUUCCUUGAAGGAAGUAGACUACCAGAAGCUGUGCUCUUUUACUAAUCAAACUAAAAGGAGCAUUGAGCUUGCAAAUUCUAAAAUACAACAACUGGAGGAAGAGCUUCAGAGAACUAAAAAUGCUCUCACUUCUAAGGUAUCAUCAAUUGAUUCACUGAAUGUGAAACUUCAAACAUUGAGCUCUGCAAAGGAAGAAGGUGACAAAAAAAUUAAUGAGUUAAGACAAGAGUAUACAAACCUGAAGGCUGCUUCUGAGACAAGAGCUAGUCAUGAUUCCAAACUACUAUCAGAGAGAGAUGAUCAGAUCAAACAGCUUGAAGAAAAACUGUCUGUUGCAUUAACUGACUCUAUCAAAGAUUGUGAAACAAUCGCUGAGGUUAACAAGGAAUUGGAUGCCACCAAAGCGAUGCUAGAAAAUGAACUUGUGGCCAUGGAAAAUUUGAAAGAUUCAAUUCAAUCAUCUGAAGAGACUCUAAUGGAUUCUAGAGGUGAGGUUUCCAAACUCUCCCGUGAACUUGAGGAAGCAAAUAAAUCAAAUCAGGACCUGAUAUCACAGAUUUCAAAACUCCAAGAUGAGUUCAAUGAAGUGCAAGAAGGUCUGACAAAUAAACUAGGAGAGGCAGAGUCAACAUCCAAAGCUCUGUCAGAUGAACUGGUCUCUGUAAAGGAAAUGCUUCAAAAGGGACAAGAAGAACUUGAUGCCACCUCUAAUGAGCUGGUAUCUGUCGUUGAUGCUCGUGAUAACUUGAAGAAAGAAUUGCUGGAUCUGUACAAGAAUUUGGAGGCCACCACACAUGAGCUUGUUGACGAAAGGAAAAUUGUGUCAACCUUAAAUAGGGAGCUUGAAGCGUUGGCGAAACAAUUGCAGGUAGAUUCUGAAGCACGAAGAGCUCUUGAAGCAGACCUGUAUGAGGCAACAAAAUCACUAGACGAAAUGAACAGUAGUGCAUUGUCACUGUCUAAGGAACUAGAGAGCACGCAUUCUAGGAAUGACACUCUUGAAGCUGAGAAAGAAAUGCUAUCAAAGGCUCUCGUUGAACAAAUGAAAAUCACAACCGAAGCUCAGGAAAACACCGAGGAUGCUCAGAAUCUCAUAACAAGACUUCAGACAGAGAAGGACGGUUUUGAAUUGAGGUCUAGACAUCUUGAAGAGGAAUUGGCAGUAGCUAAGGGUGAGAUACUGCGGCUGAGGAGGCAGAUUAGCACAAACAGGUCUCCGAGACCAAGAACACUUCCCAGAACAAGUGCACCACCAGAGACUAAUGAAACUCUGAAAGAGCAACCUGCGAAUGAUCAUAAUCAGAAUAUUGCUGCUGGGACUCCGCAUUCUGCCAAAAGGACUGCAAGGAAAAGAAAAGGUGGUGCAUCGUCAUGAGUGUGCUUUGGAAGCCCAAACAACCUUCUUAAUAUGCCUUCCCUAUUUAGUCAUCCAUUAUUACUUCAUUUUUUAAAUUGUCAUCCUCUUCGUAAUAGCAUCAAUAAUCAUUCCAGUGUUAUUUACAUUUGCCUUGUUUAGUAUUUCAGUUCUUUGCUGUAUUUUCUUUGAGUUUUUGGAAAGUUGAGGAUCUAUACGUGUACAGAUGAGUUACUGAAUGGCCAACAUGAUGAAGAAUUCUUCUA